GUUGGCUUAUCUCUUUGUAAUUGUUAAUCUUCAUUGAUGUCGAUGAAUAUCGCGAAAAGUUAAAAAGUAGGCUUCGUUGCUGAAUGAAUAGUUCUCAAGCGCAGUGCCACGUUUGCGGACGUGGCCCAUAUCUGCUUAAUAAUCUUUAUUCUCAUCUUCGCUUCGUCCAUAAUUGCCCCGAGGAUGAAGUUCAGGAAGUUAGAGCAGCGAUCAAACGGGCCAAAUUUCGCGUGAACGACCGAUAUAAAUGUCAAGUCUGUGGAAAGACCUAUUUUUCUGAUGGAGGCCUUCGCAAACACCGAAGAAAGGUCCAUGGCGAGCAGGAAGAGAGUGAAACUGGUACGGCUGAAAAAAGUCAAGCAAGAAUUGCCGCGGUGUCGUGUCCACUAUGCAGGGAAACGUUUUCGAGCAGUUUGGGACUGGCGCUUCAUUGCGAGGAUAAACACAGUGACAGUCAUCUGGACUUUACUGUAAUAGACGUACAGUUCGAUAACUGGAAAAGCUUCGAGAUUUGGAAAGAGAGAAAAGAACGCGAAACCAUGAGCAAAUUAGUUAGAAGAACCACAAGAAAAAGCGGGAAAGGUACAACACAUAUGUACGCUUGCCAGUACUCUGCCCGUAACCAUGGUAAGAAGCCCUUAGCUGAGAAUGAAAGAAAACGAAAGCGAAAAUGCAAACUCAGUCCUAAUCAUUGCCCAUGCUUUGCAAAGGUCACUGUGAAGCUUGACCAAACUGUGGAUGUCGUUGCGUGUUUUGGACAUCUUGGUCAUGAAAGCGCGACUGAGGUUUUUCCACUCACCACUGAUGAAGAAAUGAUUGUCAAACAAAUGAUUUUGACGAAAUUAUCGGCUAGAAAAAUCGUCAAACAGCUGCGAAUAAAAUAUUGGGUUGUCGAUGCUCCAGAAGAUGAACAGCCUCGGAUUUGUUUUUUGACUACGAAAGAUGUACGCAAUGUAGCUGUUCGUCAUGGUUUGCUGAACUCUUUGAAUAAUGCUGCCGAUCAUGACUCGCCUUCUCCAUCGUUUGAUGAACACGAUAAUGAAGAUUAUGCUGAAUUCUCUGAGAAUGAAUUUUCUGAGAUGAGUGACGAAGGCUUAUAG